ACGUCACUUGGGCAAUUUAUAUGAGGACUGAGGUCAACCCUGAGAAAAGUUGCAUCCCCAAUCAACAACACAACAGGCUGAUUUUUUUUUUUUUUACGUCAGCAACUGUGGACACGAUGGACACAGAACGCUGUUUGUGUGGUGACUCCAAGGUUGCCAGAAGCAAUGGACAAAAGAUAUUUGUCAACAGAAGCUUGACGCUGGAAAACAUCAAAUGUUACGGCUUCGACAUGGACUACACGCUGGCAAUGUACAAGUCUCCGGAAUACGAGAGCUUGGGCUUUGAGCUCCUCAGGGACAGAAUUGUGUCUGUCGGCUACCCUCAUGAGAUUCUACGCUACACGUAUGACCCGAGCUUCACCACCAGGGGCUUAGUGAUCGACACCACGUAUGGCAACCUCCUGAAGGUGGACUCCAAUGGGAACAUUUUACUGUGCAGUCACGGUUUCUGGUUCCUCAAAGGCGAGGAAAUUCACAGCUAUUACCCCAACAAGUUCAUCCAGAGAGACGACACCAAUCGCUACUACACUCUCAACACCCUCUUCAACCUUUCAGAGACAUAUCUCUAUUCUUGCCUUGUGGACUUCUUUACCAAAUGCAGCAGAUACAAAUGCGUGCAAAAAGGUUACCACUAUGGCGACCUGUUCAUGUCAUACAGAACCAUGUUCCAGGAUGUAAGAGACGCAAUGAACUUCAUUCAUGACACGGGCGUCCUCAAAGACCAGACCAUCAGGAAUAUUGACAAAUAUAUUAUACAAGACCCAAAUAUAAUCACUCUCUUGACUCGGAUUAAAAAAGUGGCCAAAGUUUUUCUUGCCACAAACAGUGACUACAAAUACACUGAGGCCGUUAUGACAUAUCUUCUUGAACGCAAUGCCACGCAGUCUGGAGAUUCCCUGGAGUCGUGGCGCUCCUUCUUUGACCUCAUCGUUGUUGAUACGAGGAAGCCGCUGUUCUUCGCGGGGGGCACGGUGCUAAGACAAGUUGAUACGAACACAGGGAAACUUCGUAUCGGAACGUACACCGGUGCUCUCCAGCAUGGAACUGUGUACUCUGGAGGCUCGUCAAACAUAGUUUCCGACCUGCUGGACGUCAAAGGUAAAGACAUCCUCUAUGUGGGUGAUCAUAUCUUUGGCGACAUCCUCAAGUCCAAGAAACGGCAAGGCUGGAAAACGUUCCUGGUGGUUCCAGAGCUCAUCAAAGAGCAACAAGUUUGGGAGAAGAAGAAAGAUUGGUUUGAAGAGCUGAAAAGUCUUGACAUUUCCCUAGCUGAGAUUUACAAGCACUUGGACAGCGAUAGUCAGGAUACUCCUAACAUCGUCAGCAUUCAGAACAGAAUGACGAAUCUGACCGCCUGGAUGGACAUGUCUUACGGUCAGAUGGGCAGCCUACUUCGAAGCGGCUCCCGACAGACGCUGUUUGCCAGCCAACUCAUGCGCUACGCCGACCUCUACGCGGCUAGCUGCCUCAGCCUGCUGCACUACCCCCUCAAUUACCUCUUCAUGGCUCCUCCUAUGCUGAUGCCCCACGAGGCCCUGGCGCACGGCUCUGUUGACUUUCCUACAACGCCGCUAACCAACUGUCAGUGUGGGAAGGACAGGGGCUAAGAAUUGUGACUAUUUUUGUCUCAAGAGCAGCGUUUAAAACAAGAGAACGUGAGGACACUUUCUAAAGAUGAUGGCAUGAAGAUUUUGCUGUUGGAAUAGUUUGGCAGCCAUGAGGAGAUAUUAUGUUGCCAAAAUGCACGGCUCCCUCUGCUGGAUGGGAGUUGCUAUUCACCGUCUAUUUAGUGAACCCUCAAUAAAGUCAGAAAAGUUGAAUCA